AUGUCUCUCGAGCAAGAUCUAGCUUCUGCUGAGCAGGAGCUUGCCUCCCUUAAGGAGAGCCUAGCUGCGAAAGAGCAAGGGGACGAAGCUGUUCAGAAAGAAAUCAAGCUUAGAGACGAUCAAAUUAAGUCGCACAACAAACAGAUCAAGUGGCGAGACGAUCAAAUCAAGUCGCACAAAGAACAAAUCAAGCUUCGAGAUGAUCAAAUCAAGUUGCAAGAAGAACAGAUCAAGUGGCAAGACGAGAAGAUCAAGACACUACACGCUCAAAUGAGUGGUCUCAAGCUCCGUCUUGACAGACAGAACGCCACGAUCAAAAAUCAAUCUCGCACCAUUCAAGAUCCUAGGUCGUUGCGUCAACGUCGUAUGGAGGAGACUCAAGUCGCUCAAGCACCUCCAACACAACCUUGGGUGACUCCAACACAAGGUGCUCAGUCAGUUGUCGGUCCUAUGCAAUCAUUGUCACUCGGAGAGACACAGCAAUACGCUGCUAAUUAUGUUGACAACACUCAGUAUUUUCAGCCCCAGGGACAGCCAGGUUAUGUAGAGCAUCCAGGCUCACAAACGACAUACCAGAUGUCCUACCCGAUGGAAUCAACCAACUCGUACACGGGCAAUCAGUACGGAUGGAAUGGCACUAUGGCAGGUUCACAAUCGCAGGGAAUUUUCCAGCCUACUGGACCUAUUGCGGCUCCAAGUCCUAUGAACACAACCUUACAAAGUGCAUUGUAUCAGGCAGCGUUCGCUCCACCGGCGCAAUCGAGAGUUCCAAGUGCAAAUGAUGGAUACGCGGGUAUCGAGUUUGAGUCAAAGGCAGCCGCGUUCGGUGGACGCUUUCACUCUCUGUGGGCGAAAGUUGAUCAGUUUGCUAGAACAUAUGUCGUGGAUACUGACCUGGACCCCGAAGAGCUUUCGGUAGCAUUGAAAGAACUCAUGAUGCUUGAUCCUGAUGCAGCCGUUGCUGUGCAGUACCUGAAUCAUCCAGUGAUCAAGCAUUGUUAUCUCUCCAAAGUUGUCAGCUUAUAUCUGUGUAAAAAGUUUCUCAGAUAUACCGAAAUUGUCAAAAGGUUCCACCCUAAUAUUGACGCGGACAUUUUCCAUCUGAGAAAGCAACUCACUUUGGAUAACCCUCAAGGCGUACGCAGCGUCGCAUUGACAAAGCUUGCGCAGGAGAUAUCUUUGGCGCGUCAAAUGCCAAAUUUCGCAGAGUUUUGCUCUCAACGCACGGAAAGUUAUACUGCAGAAUUGGGGUCAAUGCUGGAACCAUUGGUGAAACCAUCCGAAGACAAAACUCGCAUGCUCGACUCCCUCAGAGCAAUUGUUUCGGAAGCUCAACACAUUGGGAUUGAUCUUUACUCUUGUCCCUAUGAUGCCAGAUAUCAUUUUCCGGAAUUCAAAGAAACAUACGAUCCGACUGUGAUGGUCAAUCUUGAUCCUGCGCUGCACGCACAUUUUGUCAAGGGCAGAGUCACAGUGUCCGUUACCCCAUACAUCAGGGUCGGUUUCAAUCAUUCUGAGCCUGCACGGGUUCGCAACGUGUGCAAUGCGAAAGUAUUUACUGGACUUCCUCUUGAAAAGGCGAGUUUUAUUGCCAUUUUUGCACGUCGGUAUAGUUAUCAGAGGAUACCAUGUAACGUGACCAACCGCGGAACCCAUUCUGCUAGUCGGCGAUACUUCCACGAUUACUUUGUCACGCAUCUUCCGUCGUCUUCGUUACAUCCCGAUUCCCACGGACCGCCGUCUUUCCACAAACUCCCUCGCUCAGCAUCGACACCACACACUAGCGAAAGCAGUCAAUUAUCUCCAGCAUCAAUACAAACACCAAUUGGGGUCAGUCGCGAUACCACUGUAGUGCGAAUACCUCUACGCAGUGCGAAACACCACUUCGGAGCAUCCGUUUCGCGAGGGUCACGAACACACAAUGAGGACACGUACCAGGCUGGUGUGAUUGAAGUACCUUCAUUUGCGAAACGAUCUCCGCUGUCAUUGACCAUUCGGCGGGCGUCGGGCACUGAGUCGACCGCUGUUACCUCCGGAGCAGACAGCGCAAGUGGAGAUCCACAGGUGUUUUACUUUGGUGUGUUUGAUGGUCAUGGAGGUUCUGAGUGCAGCGACUUUCUACGUGAUCACCUACAUGAAUACAUUCAAGACAGUGCUGCGGAUUUUGAGAUCCAAUCUACUUUGAAAGAUAACACUGCGUCCCUCGAAAGGAAACGUGAACGGCGCGGUAGACAAGAUGCCGUUCCCCUUGGAUUACAUCGGGCUGAUUUGCCCAUUGUCCAGAAUGCGAAUAUUAAGAAGAUAGAGCAACUCGAGACAGAGUUGGUUGAGUCUUGGAAGAAUCUUGUCGGGGGUUACUUCAAACGUUUCAGACCAGCUUACUUCACAUGUAUAAAAAAAGAUCCUACCCCGAGAGAUCUUUCACAGACGCUCGGAUCGAAUCAGAGCAGACAAAACUCGGUCGAUGGCGUUUCCAUGGAAGAGGUGAUGGAAUAUGCCUUCCUGAAAGCCGACUUUGAUUUUGUGUCGGCCCAAGCGGCAAAGAAAGAGGACGAUGCUGUACAGUCGGAUCAGCCACUGAACGCAGACGACAUACUUUACAGUCCAAGUCAAUCCCGCCGUGAAUUCAUCGGAGGACCAAAAAGAUUCCCUGGAGGAAGCACUUGCAGUGUCGCCAUGGUAUCGACUCCGACUCCGACCCCAUUCUGGAAUCCGGCAACGCCUUCCUCACUUCUGGUAUCGCAUGUCGGUGAUACUAGGGUUCUACUAUGUGAUACAAGUACCGGUGCCGCCAUUCCUGUGACUACAGACCAUCACCCGUCCUCACCAAUUGAGGCUAAUCGCCUUAGGCGGUAUGCAGCUACCUUUGUUACCGAUUCCUUUGGCGAGGAGCGUGUAAGCGGACUCGCUAAUACUCGAGCUUUUGGCGAUAUACAUUCAAAGCGUAUCGGUGUGUCGGCUGAACCAGAAAUUCGUCGCAUUGAGAUGGCUCCUGCCGAGUUCUCCUUUCUCGUCCUCAUGUCUGACGGUAUUAGCGGAACUCUCCAUGACCAGGAGAUUGUGGAUAUCAUCAAAGAGGCUCGCACGCCAGAACAAGGUGCGCGUGAUGUAGUCAACUUUGCCACUGAGACCAGUAAGGAUGCUGACAAUGCGACUUGUCUUGUGGUGCGACUCGGUGGUUGGGAACGCAGGCUUGAAGGUGGUUUAGGCAGUAUGGGCACCAAAGAGGCUCGCGAUUUUCGAAGACAAGAAGCAACAGACCCCAGGCGAUCACGUACCUAG